CUCUUGCUGAAAGUCAGUUUCAGAUGUACAAAGAAAAGAGGGAACUUUGUCCUCCUCCUCGAAUUUUGCUGAAAAUCGAGGGCUUCCUCGCAUAGUUUUGGCAGGCUGGGCCAUAUUUUAUCAAAACGUGACAAGGCCUGUGACACUCGGGUCUCCGGGGAUCACCCGGCAACAGCACUGGGUAGGUCUGUGCGGACGAUUUUCUGUGGGCUUCGACUUUUGGGGGGGAAACAAACACAAAUGCUCCGCCCUCGAGGGGCGGGGCUGUGCCCAGGUGAUGCACCAAUCAGAGCGCGCCCCGCCCUAUAUAAGGCGUGCGGGGCCCCUGCAGAACUUCACGCUCCCGCUGGUUCCCAACUCCCGUGUUGUGCCCUGUGAUGUCUGAGACCGCGCCCGUGGACCAGGCUGAACCCGGCCCAGCUUUCAUGGGGAAGCCAACGGUCAAGAAGCGAGGGAAGAAGCAGAAGGACGUGGCAGGAGCGAGUCGUAAGACUCCCAGCCUGUCUGUGUCCAAGCUCAUCACGGAGGCCUUGCUGGUGUCGCCGCAGCGGGCCAGCAUGUCGCUGGUCGCGCUCAAGAAGACGCUGGCGGCCGCCGGCUACGACGUGCACAAGAACAACAGCCGCAUCAAGCUGGUCCUCAAGAGCCUGGUGAGGAAGGGCACCCUGGUGCAGACCAAGGGCAGUGGUGCUUCCGGCUCCUUCAAGCUGAGCAAGAAGGCGGCUGCCCAGCUCACCAGCGUCAAGGUCAGGAAGCCCACGUCCACUAAGACCAAGAAACUGGUCUUGUCCAGGGAGUCCAAGUCUCCGAAGAGCGCCAAGACCAAGAAGACGACGCAGAAGCCGAGAGCGACAGCGGCCCCGAAAGCCGCCCGAGGCGUGUGGAAGGCUUCGGGGGCCAAGGGCAAGGCCGCGCGGAAGAGCCCUGCCAAGGCCAGGGCGGGCAGGCCCGCGGCCAGCAGGGCCGCGCUGACCCAGCAGAAGGCGAAUCCCAGGAAGGCAGCACCAAAGAAGUGAAAGGCCAAUCUUCAAAAAAAACCCAAAGGCUCUUUUAAGAGCCACCCAAUUAAUAUUAAAAUGGCGUAACACUGGAAUUUUCUGCAAAGUUUGGCGCUGCAAGUCAAUCUCCUUAGCUGAAAACAAGCGAAUUUGAGGCAAGGUGCAAUAAAG